UGCCACAUUUCAGUGCCACAUCAAUGCCACAUAUCAGUGCCCAUCUGAGCUGCCUUUCAGUGUCACCCAUCAGUGCCAGUCAGUGCCACCUAUCAGUGCCAGUCAGUGCCGCCUAUCAGUGCCAAUCAGUGCCGCCUAUCAGUGCCGCCUAUCAGUGUGCAUCAGUGCUGCCUAUUAGUGCCGCCUAACAGUGCCAGUCAGUGCCACCUAACAGUGCCACCUAUCAGUGCCAUAUAUGAGUGCUGCCUUUCAGCGCCCAUCAGUGAUGCCUGUCAAUGCCCACCAGUGGCACCCACCAGUGCC